ACGUUGCAAAAGUCCGAAGGUGUCUGUCAAGUUAAUUUUCAGGAUGGCAAGACAGACGCUUCUUCGACGUCAUUGACGCAGAAGGCAAAAACAUACACGCGAAAAGUACAUUCGAGAGGAAACGUGUCCGUCUCAGGCCACAGCUGGCCCAUGAGGCAGACCAAGUGAGUGGCCGGCAGCUCUACAUUAAAAUGAAUACCAAUCAAGCCCUCCCAGGCUGGGUGAGCCGCUACCUCUCCAGAACCCCCCCCAACCCCCCCACCCUGCCGAUUGGUCCAGGGGAGACCAACCUGCCGUCGGCCGGCCAAAGAUGCUUGCGUCAUUGUCCGCUCGGCGGCAACAAUGAGGCCGAAUAACUAAUCAGUCCGAGCCAGGCUGAGGUGUCAUCCUCUCAUCACGGUUCCCACUCAAGAGCGGCUUUGGACACGAGCAGCAGCCUUCAGUGGGGGGCCCGUCACCGGACCGACAAUUCAAAAGAGUAGAAAUGCGACGGUGAAAGAAAGGCGGCUUUUUAGCUGAGUCACCAAAGAAUACACAGCGCGGGCAGAAGAGUGGAUUUCAUGUGGAUGACUUUUUUUCCACCAUCUUGACUUUGAGGAGUUCUGAGAACCAGAAGUGCUGCCUAGACAGGAAGCGGAGUGAAGAAACCUAAAAUGGGGGCCAGAAGACCGCUGACUGGCCUGACAGCUUGGUUACUUUGGAGUGCCUGCUUGGCCUCAGAGCUGUCUUUUCUGCAGGAGCCCAGAGAUGUGAUUGCAGUGAGGGAUCGCCCGCUCAUGUUGGACUGCAACGUGCAGGGCCAGGAGCCCAUUCAGAUUACCUGGCGUAAAAACGGGGUGCCUUUGACCAUCGGUCGGCGGGUUCAGGUGCUGGCAAACGGGACGCUGUGGAUCCACAGCUUCCAGAAACGCAAAGAAGGCGGCGACGCUGAUACGGGAGAGUACGACUGCGCCGCUCAGAAUCGCUUUGGCAUGCUGCUCAGCCGCAAGGCCAAAGUCCUGUUGGCAUCUCUUCCCAAGUUCCACACUCACCCCACGUCCAUGGUGGUCGAUGAGGGAGGAGUCGCACGCUUCCAGUGUCAGAUCAGUGGAAUACCCGAGGCCAACAUUACGUGGGAGAAAGACAGAGUGCCCCUGAGCACCGGUGACAACAGGUACACCCUUCUGCCCAUGGGGGUCCUUCAAGUGACAGCUGUGAGACAGGCUGACGUGGGGGGCUUCCGCUGCGUUGCGACCAACAUCGCGAACACUCGCUAUAGCCACGAGGCCGUACUCAACAUCACCGGCGGAGCCUCAAGAACCUACAAGGAGCCGGUCAUCCUGUCGGGACCUCAGAAUCUAACCAUCACUGUCCAUCAGACCGCCAUUUUAGAGUGCAUCGCCACAGGAAACCCGAAGCCUAUCGUUUCCUGGAGUAGACUCGACGGCCGCUCCAUCGGAGUGGAAGGUAUCCAGGUUCUGGGAACGGGGAACCUGAUGAUCUCAGAUGUUUCUCUGCAGCAUUCUGGUGUGUAUGUGUGCGCUGCCAACCGGCCGGGCACGAGGAUGAGACGAACCGCACUUGGCAGGCUUGUGGUACAAGCGCCUCCAGAAUUCCUUCAGUGGCCGCAGUCUGUCUCCAAGCCAGCAGGGGGCAGUGCCGUGUUCACUUGCGUGGCACAGGGUGUUCCCGAGCCUCACCUCAUCUGGCUGAAAAACGGAAAGGUUUUAAUGCCUGGACACAACGUCAAGUUGACCAAUAACAACAGCACUCUGGCUCUGACUCGUAUCAGCUCCGAGGACGAGGCCAUCUACCAGUGCAUCGCGGAGAACAGCGCCGGCAGCAACCAGGCCAGCGCCCGACUCGCUGUGGCGCAAGCGAAAGACCUACCCGCCGCUCCCCAGGGCCUCACGGCCAGCGUGCUGUCCACGAGCGCUCUGCAAAUGGCGUGGAGCCAGCCGCCCGCCGAAGUCACGGACGCCAUCAUCGGUUACGUGCUGCAUAUCCGCAAAAUAGGAGAGCCGGAUUCUUUGGAGCUACAGGAAGCCAUCAGCAAAGGGGCCUUUCGGCACGACGUCAACAACCUGGAGCCGGCCACCACCUACUCUCUUUAUCUGAAGGCCUAUUCGCCACUUGGGGCAAGUCAGCAGUCUGGCACGGUGGUCGCAACAACACUCGGUGGCGUACCGACCCCGCCGACGUUCUUCACCAAGGUGGUGAAUUCCAGCGCUCUCCAGGUACUGUGGGAGCUCCCGAGCAAGGCAGGCAAGGCCGAGGGCUUCAGGCUGUCCUACCGCAGGGUCCCCAAUGCUGAUUUCCGGGGGCCCGUUCAGCUGCCCUGUCACGUCAAUGCCCACGUGCUCUCCGAUCUGGAACCGGGUGCCGUGUACGAAGUCAAACUGGUGGCCUACAAUGGAAACGGGGAGAGUGACUGCUCCAAGAGACUGGUAUCGUUGGCAGAAGAAGGCACCAGUGCCCAAAACACCGGUGAGAACGCGCCGUGUCAGUGCCGGGACGGAGAAGCCUCUCUGGGCAGCAUCGUUAUUGGCAUCCACAUCGGCACCGCCUGCAUCAUCUUCUGCGUCAUCUUCCUCGUGUUUGGAUAUCGACGCAGUUUGUUUUGCGGUCAAGGGACUCAGGACAGUUGGUCCGUCCCAAGUGACAACGCGGGACACAACGGUGUCCACAAGGAGGCGACAAACGGUGGCAGGAUGCAGCCGGUGCCUCAGGAAGCGCUUUGUCCGGCACAGUGCCAAGUCGUCAUUGAGCAACACUCAUCGGGUCUUCCUGGCACUUCUACAGGCUAGCACUGGUCAAACACCCCAACAACACCCCCCCCCCCCCCCCCCCCCCCCAUCAUCACUUCUCUCCGGUUAUUUGCAACCAAGCUAAGGAACACAAAAUGUGCUCCUCAUUCCCGAGCAUCCAAAAAUGUGACAUAGUAUGUGAAAUGUAACAUACUGACAGUCUUUGCCCUCCUCCAAAUGUCCUUUCCUCAUUGUCAAACCAAAGCAUCUUAUAUACCUUUAUUGCCUGUGCACAAGCAUAAGUGCAUGUUGAGAAAAAAAAAAGCCUUUACAGAGCAUUGUCACUGCAGAUUUGGCCCCGUCAGCUUCUAAAUGCGCGUACAUGGCGAAUGUCACGCCAGCUUGCUUGUGGGAGACUGUUUGAUAACCAAAACGUUUCCUAUUUCUCAGAUCUCACCUGCCACGCUGGCGUGUGAACGUGCACCCCCACCCCCAA